UUCUCUCUUUUUGUUAUUAAUAAUGGUCUAAUAAUCCUUACCCCUACCACUUGGUGAUAUUUUUUUGUGGUCCAGAUGAGUCAGUCAGCAUCUGAAGAGGAACCUAAACCUGCUCAGGAAAAUGGAAAUGAAGACAAAGAAAAGAAACAAGAAGCUACUAAAGUGAAAGAGCCUAUUGAGAGUUUACAGAAUCCACCAGACAGUUGUGCUUUAGACACUGGCAACAAUGUGGCAAAAGAAGCAACAAAUGAAGUCAAAUCCCAAGAAUUAGACCUGGAGGGGCAGCCAGAAAUCUCAACUGGUUCAAUAAAGGACCAUAACAUUGGAGUCUCAAAGAAUAUGGUGGUAAGAAAACCUGCAAAAGUGAUUUUCAACUUAGAUCAAACUCUCCUGGAUUCAAAGCUAGAACAACCAUGGAAGAAAAAUCUUUUUGAAAGAGUGGAGGCAAGAGCUCAGGCAAUGCAGCAGAAAAGAAUAUGUAAGGAUAAUGAGAAGAAGGAACUAGAAAAAAAGGCUCAGAAAAAACUCCCUAAGGAUAAUUUGGCCAAAGAGUGGUUUAAUACUGAAAACAUGACACUGAACACUCGUGCAUAUUUGCUUGACAAACUUCUACCCACCUUAGUUCCUGGUGUGGAAAAAAUGUUAAUGCAAGUGGAAAACAAGAAGCUCUUGACAGAAAUUGAUAUUCCAAUCAAGUUUGAUCCAAUUAAUUAUUUGGGGGAAUACUUAAUGAGAAACAAUCCUAAUUAUAUCAAAGACUCGGGAAUGUCUGGUUAUCAGAGGGUAAUGAGAGAUGUUACAGAAGACCUGAAGAUACAUGUUCCCAGCACUAUCUGCAACAGAGUGUCUAAGAUGAAAGAGAAGGUUAAACAGAAACAAGAACAAAGAGAAAGCAUAAACGAAGUCAAAGUCAAGGUAGCCAACACACGGAAACAGGCUCUGCAGGAGCAGUUCAAUGAAUGGAUUCUAGACCCCAAAGGAAUGAUUCCUAUGAUAGUGAUUCAGAAUGUUCUUUUUGAUUUUUUUCAAAAUCCAGAUUUCCAGCUUGGUAAGCAUACCUAUUACUAUACAUGUUGCAAACAAUUGAAUAUUGCUGACUCAAUGGAACCAAGAUUGAACAAAAUGGAAUUUACAGAAUAUAUCUCUUCACACAUUGCAGACUUUAAAAGUGAAAUGUUUGAGGAACUCCUUAAGCACCUUUGCCACUGUGCAGAUGAAUUCCGGGAGGUCAUAAAAACUGAUAUGCGGAGGCAGAUGUUUGCUGAACUCUUCUUGUAUUGUGACCGUGGGAAGGUAGGGUUUUUGAAUCGGCAGAGGACAUUGGCCUUGUUGGAAACAUUCUAUGACCAAAGUUCAAAAAGGCUUAGAAGUUUACUUCGAAACCCAAGACAAUGGCCAUUCGUUGAAUUUGAAGAGAUAGAUUUGCCAGAGUUUUGGGGAGACAUGGAUAAUCAAAAACACAUUUAUGAAGACUUUGACAACGUGCUCUUAGAGAUGGAUACAUUGCUUUCUGAAAAACGUGCUAGCAAAACUCAAAAUAAAUUGUUAGAAAAUUCGGAAGAUCAAUAUGAACAUGAUACACAUAGAAAAUCAACACUACCACCAAGCCUACCAGAAUGGCAGAAAGAGACAACUGCAAGACAAGAACCAAACAAAAUUUCAACUAAAGGGCAAGAUAUAGAGUCAGCAGGAGAACAAGAACUAUACAGAAAAUCAGUAACAGAACAAGGACAACGCAAAGGGUCAACAGUGGGACAAGGAACACACAGAGGAUCAACUUCAGAACAAAGAUCACGCAGAGAGUCAGUAAUAGAACAAAGAUCACAACAACAGUCAAUUGUAGAACAAGGAUCACACAGAGAGUCAGUAGUAGAACAAGGAUCACAAAGAGGAGAGUCAAUAAAGCGAAAAGGAUCACACAAAGAGUCAACUGCAGAACAAGGACCACACAAAGGGUCAGUUACAGAAGAAGGCUCACACAGAGAGUCAGUAACACGAAAAGGAUCACACAAAAGAUUACACAGAGAGUCAGUAUUAGAAGAACCACAGAAAGAGUCAGCUGAAGAACAAGAACCACCCAGAGGGACAAUUCCAGAACAACAGGACAUAGACUCAAUUUCACAAUCAAGUGAAAAGUUUAGGGAGGCUACUCACUUUGAGCACACUGAAAUCCCUCCACAGGAAGAGAGGCCUCAGGAGCAAGUAUAUGCGGAGGAACUAUUCAUGAUUUCUGACCUGCAAGAGGAAGAUAGAAUAUUAAGUAAAAAAGAUCAUCUUUCAGAAACUGCAAAGAAGGAACUUCAGAAAGAUAAAUCCUGUGAACCCAAGUCUCCCAAAAUAGAAGGAAAAUCAUGGUCAGGUGAACUUUUGACUUGUAACUUGGAGAAGAAGUAUGCCAAAUGUGAAGAUGAGGAACAGGCAAACUUAAUCUAUGGUAACUCCAGGUUCACAGACCUACAUUCAAUUAUCAGAAAUAUUCAGUCUUAUAAGGAAGUAAAAGGUAGGAGUGCUUUCAAUGGAGUUUCCAUCAAUCUGCUCCAGUUUGUGCAACUCCUGGAGACAUUUGUUGGUGAAGAUACUCCCUUGAGUGUCAGUGAGACUCUCACCUUCUUUUUUAAGAGAGGCUACGUUGAAACAAAAGAAGAGAAAAUAAGUGGUUUAGAAGAGGCUAGACAAAAUGCUUCCCGAGUCCGACGGGGACUUCUCCUAGAAGCUCUGUUUCAGAAGUGGGACAGUGAUGGCUCAGGCUUCCUGGAUCUAAAGGAAGUUGAUGAACUUUUGUACACAUAUAAGGAAGGAAUGGAAAAAGAAUCUAUGAAGAAAGCUAAACUACACAUCCAAUUUCCAAAGCCACACCCUGGUCAUGAAGUGAGGCUGUCUUCAAAACAGUUUCAGAAAUACAUAGAAUUGGUUGUAUCUGAACUGAGGGGCAAUGAAGAUCAUGUUCUGGAAAGUGUUGUGGAGUUUCUGAUGACGACUUUAAAAAGGAGCCAUAUUGAGGAUCUGAGGAAUUGUGCCAGACGGAAGUGGCUGCACCAAAUUCAACGUGCUUCAGAGACAAGUGGAGUAUCUCUGGAGCCAGUGUACACUGAGACCUUUAAGGCCCUCACACAGGAUGCUCAAGCCCAUGGAAAUAAGAAGAUUAGUGCUCACAUUUCCCUCUUAGAAGAAAACCUACUACUGCCUCAUAGAGGGACUGUUCUAUUGAGGAAUGUAGCUUGUACUUUAGAUGAUGCUCCAUUUGUGCUAAACAAAGUACUCUACAGGGACAUGAAGGGAAUCAGCUUUACAGUAGUGGAUGAAGGGACACCAAUACAUGUACCCCAAGUUCAACACCAUGGGAACAUUUUCUUCUGGAAUGAUUCCCGCAAGAAGACUGAUCGAAAUGGAUCAUUCCUGGCUCUGCCUCUUCAGGAUGCUUAUAUGAGAAUCUUUGGGGUCAUGGCUAUUGACACCCUAAGAGAUCCCCAUGAAAUAAACAUCUUCUUACCUCACGAAAUUAGAUUCUAUCAGGGUGUUGCCAGUGUCUUUAGCGCUGCCUAUCACUAUGUCCACAGCCGGGAGCACAUCCUGCAUGUUGUGAUCACUGGCAUCAGCUGGCUCUACGACAUUGUACCAGACAUUACCGCCAUCACAACAUACUUCAUUGAGCCUGGUCCAGAGCAGGGUUCAGACUAUGUUUUACGCAAGAUGAUGGUGACAGGGCCCCUGGGUCUAACAGAAAUCCACAAAAAUCCCCCUACCAUCUUCAGAAAAACAUGCAUCUUCAGAGAUUUCCUCUUUAAGUGUACGGACAGCUCAGAAGUUGUUUUGGCCUCUGUCUGUGGAGAAAACCGCAUAGCAAUUCCACUUCGUGAGAGAACAGGAGAGGCUUUGGGAGCUCUCGAUUUUAACAUUGGCAGGAAUAGGAUGUUGUUGUAUCGAGAAUUUAAAGAUCUACAGAAAAUGGUGAAGGUGACCCAAGCUGCCUGCUAUGAAAUACUGGGCGAAUUAUCUGGAGAAAUAACGAAAACCCGUGUCUUAGAGAUUGAAAAUGUAGGAGAAGUCCAGAGGGCAGGAGUUCUCUUCUUCCGAAUCAUGCUGCAAGAGCUUCAGGAAGGCCUUCGACUGCUUACCUUCAUGAACUUUGUAACACUGUUGCUCUAUGAUUAUGAGGCUCUAGCAGAGCAAAUAUCUCCACUAGACAGCCAGUCUCAGAAGUGGAAAGCCAACACAAAACUAGUACAAGACAUCCUGAAAGGAGUUAUCUUGUUCUUUCAUCCAGAGUUGGAAUUAUCAAAUGACUUAGGAAAUUGGGAUAAGUGUAAACUGUACGUUAACAGACGCUUAGUCGAGAAAAUUUGUUCCUUUGAUCCAACUGCUGAGCAUGUGAGACUUAAUUUAAAGCUCAUUGAUGAAUAUAUUGGAGGUCAUUCUCGAAUCGAAGUAUGGAAAUUUGGUAACAUUGUCAUCGAGUACCUAUACCACUGGUCACACAUCUGUUUAGCUCUCAUGCAGUUAAACAAAAAACUAAAUAGUGCUAUUACACCCCCAUUGCCCUCCAAGACUGACUCCUGUGUGUAUGCAAAAAUGCCAGGUAGAAGCUUGCUCGAUAAAUGCUAA